CCGCCGCUUCCCAACGUGCUGGGAUUACAGGCGUGAGCCACCGCGCUCGGCCAAAAGUUUUAAAUUUCAGCUAGAAUAGGUGAAUAAACACAAAGCGGGAGCGAAAAGUCUACUUGUAGGUCAGGCGCUUUUUGGACUUCAUGCAACGUGUGAGCGCCACCUCUCGGGAAGCCAAUCUGCUCGCGAACGAAGGAAGUGAGUCAGAGAACCCGGGGGUGGAGGGAAGAAAGCAAGCAGCUAACCGGAAAAGUCUGAAAAAGCUAGCGCCGGAAGUUAAACUGCAGAAAGUUGUUCCCCAGAAUGACUGCCUACUCCCAAAAGGAAGCGUGGGCGAGCGGUGUUCUGCAAAAUGGGCUCUCCGGCAGCGGAUCUGCGCAGAAACGUUCCGUGCGUGCAAGUGUUGCGAACCACGUGGGUCCCGGGAGCGUUUCGGUUGCUGGCGGCUGCAGCCGGAAUUCAAACCUGAGCAGCUGGAAGGGACCAUGGCCAACUGUGAGCGUACCUUCAUUGCGAUCAAACCGGAUGGGGUCCAGCGGGGUCUUGUGGGAGAGAUUAUCAAGCGUUUUGAGCAGAAGGGAUUCCACCUUGUUGGUCUGAAAUUCGUGCAAGCUUCUGAAGAUCUUCUCAAGGAACACUACGUUGACCUGAAGGACCGUCCAUUCUUUGCUGGCCUGGUGAAAUACAUGCACUCAGGGCCGGUAGUUGCCAUGGUCUGGGAGGGGCUGAAUGUGGUGAAGACAGGCCGAGUCAUGCUCGGGGAGACCAACCCUGCAGACUCCAAGCCUGGGACCAUCCGUGGAGACUUCUGCAUACAAGUUGGCAGGAACAUUAUACAUGGCAGUGAUUCCGUGGAGAGUGCAGAGAAGGAGAUCGGCCUGUGGUUUCACCCUGAGGAACUGGUAGAUUACACGAGCUGUGCUCAGAACUGGAUCUAUGAAUGACAGGAGGGCAGACCACAGUGCUUUUCACAUCCAUUUCCCCUCCUUCCCAUGGGCAGAGGACCAGGCUGUAGGAAAUCUAGUUAUUUACAGGAACUUCGUCAUAAUUUGGAGGGAAGCUCUUGGAGCUGUGAUGCUCCCUGUACAGUGUUACCAUCCCCUACCAUCUGAUUAAAAUGCUUCCUCCCAA